AUGGAAACUACAUAUUGCGACGAUGAAUCAUAUGAUGGUGAAGAAAACACAAACAAUCUUUCUGAUAGAGAACAUACUGAAGAAGACAUAUCGCAGCAGUCCAAAGACAUGAACGAUAACAAACUGAAUCUAAUACCAUUUCAUCCACUUAAUAAUCCUUCUCAAGAUAACGUACAACAAAAUAUAAUAUCUAAUUUUAAUAAACACACUUUUGUAUCAGGCGAUAGAAGUUUUUCUUUCCAUAAUUUCAACGGUCCUAUCAGUAAAGAAGUAAGACAAGUCGUGGUACCCAAUACGAACCCUCGGCAACCUGGUGCUCAGAGUAUAGAUUUUGUGGGUAAACCUGAUUAUUCAUUUGCCUAUGGGGUACACGAUGAUCAAAUAAAAAAUUCUCACACUCACAUGGAAUCCAGAGACGGAGAUGCUCUUCGAGGAGAAUACAGAGUACUUCAACCGGACGGACUAGUUCGAAUAGUUCGAUAUGUGGCUGAUCCUGUAGCAGGAUUUCAAAUGACCGUGGCGUAUGCGAAAUUUUAGGAGACUGUUGAAUUGUGCAAAGUCUUAUCAACGAAAUAGGAUACGUACAUUGAUUUUUUUUUAAUUCAUUGUACAUAACCUCUUCAUCUGUUUAACUGAUAAACAGCUGUCUUCUUAUUUUUUUUUAAUUAUCACUUAUCACCGACUGUAACUUAAUGUAUAUUAAUAAAAUUCAAUAACAAUUAUUUGA